AUGGGACGUAUGUACGGUAAAGGUAAAGGUAUAUCUAGUUCUACACUUCCAUAUAAAAGGAAACAACCAAGUUGGUUAAAACAAAAACCAUCAGAAAUUGAGGAUGCUAUAAUUAAGUUAGCUAAAAAAGGACAAACCCCAUCACAAAUAGGUGCCACCUUAAGAGAUAAUUAUGGUAUUCCACAGGUAAAAUCUGUUACCGGAAAUAAAAUUUUAAGAAUCUUAAGAGCUCAAGGUAUUGCUACUACUAUUCCUGAAGAUUUAUAUUUUUUAAUUAAAAAAGCUGUUUCUAUGAGAAAACAUCUUGAAAAGAACAAGAAAGAUAAAGAUUGCAAGUUCAGACUUAUUUUAACCGAAUCCAAAAUUCAUAGAAUAUCACGAUAUUAUAAAAGAAAAAAAUUAUUACCAUCUAACUGGAAAUACCAAUCAAGUACUGCUAGCGCUUUAAUUGCUUAA